AUGUUUUUUAAAAUUAUUUUGUUUCUAAUCGCCCUCGAGUGCAACCGGGUAUUUGGUAUAGGCCUUCAAAACUUGAUCCUAGAGGCGCACAAUCGCAGGAGGGCCAAGUACGGAAAUCAACCGUUGGUCCUGGACGAUAAGCUCAGUCAGGAAUGUAAAACAUUCGCAGAGUUCUAACCCUCAGAAAUUAGUUAAGGAUGGAUUCGAAAACAUUUGCAAAGAGGACCAUUCAGAUGAAGACUUAGAAGGGGACU